AUGACGCAUUCUCUCCCGUGGGGAUUCCGCUGGCGCUCCAACGCCGGCUUCGUGUUAGCCACAGUUGCACUAGGCCUGUUCACUGACCUGUUUCUCUACGGGAUCAUUGUUCCCGUGCUGCCGUUCCUGCUGCACGACCGUCUUGGCGUUCCGGAUGAUCGAAUCCAGCUACAUGCAUCGAUGAUGCUUGCGGUAUACGCGGGGACGUCGGUUGUGUUUUCUUUUCCGGCGGGAUGGGUUACGGAUAGGAUUGGGUCUCGUCGACGGCCGUUCCUCGCGGGUUUGAUGCUCCUGCUGGCUGCGACGGGUUUGUUGGCUUUUGGACGUACCGUGGGUGUCUUGGCUGUUGCGAGGGCGAUGCAGGGUGUUUCUGCGGCGAUAGUGUGGACGGCGGGACUUGCUAUGGUGCAGGAUGUGGUUGGGCCGAAGAAUAUAGGUCAGGCUAUUGGGAUGAUAUCGUCGGUCAUUUCAGUCGGGGAGCUUAUUGCACCUGUUCUGGGGGGUGUGCUCUACGGCAGAGCUGGCAUGUCUGCCGUGUCUGCAGUAUCUAUCGGGAUUCUGGCCAUUGACCUUGUAAUGAGGCUCCUCGUCAUUGAUCCCAAGUCUAUCAGCAGUCAUGAUGGAUCAGGUCUUUGCCAUUUUCCUCCCGAAGAUAGCUACCCGACGAUGCCAGGGCAGCAUUCUUCAGCAGCACGAGAAGGCGAUCCUUUGAUUCCCAGGCCUGUAAGUGAAGAGUAUAAAAUACACACAACUCUCAGCAGCAUGGAGCAAGCUAUCCCCAUUCUGUACUGCUUUCGCAAUCCCCGAUUUCUGACAGCAAUGCUGCUCGUGUCAGUGCAGUCAUUACUGGUCGGUGUAUUCGAUGCGACUGUCCCAACCGAGACAGAAAAGCUAUUCCACUUCUCUUCCCUCAAAGUUGGCCUCCUCUUCGCCGCGAUUGUCAUACCGAAUUUGGCGUUGGGCCCAGUGGCCGGACUAGCUGUAGAUAGGUACGGAACCAAGGUGGUGGCGACAGCGGGCUACGCAUUCCUGGUUCCUUGUUUCGUUCUUCUGGGUCUGCCGUCGCAGGAGAUUCUGACUGGCGACCGUAAUGUCAUUCUGUUUUGUGUUAUCCUGGCGUUGAAUGGGAUUGGGUUGUCGACGAUUGCUUCACCGGGUUUGGUGGAGGCGAGCCACGUCACGGAAAGGUAUGAGUCGGCGAAUCCGGGAUUCUUUGGGGAGAACGGACCGUAUGCUCAGCUGUAUGGGCUUAGUUCCGUGUUUGCGUUUGCUGGACUGGCGGUUGGGCCUUUGGUGAGUGGGAUGUUGAGGGAGAGUGUUGGGUAUAGUGUCAUGGCUGGUGUGUUUGCGGUGGUGGCCGGGAUUACGGCCGUGGUGUCGUUUGUGGGAAUUGGAGAGAAGAGGCGAUGA